UAUACACAGAUGCAGAGUGCAUAAAAUCAAUUUGUAAAUGCACGUAUCUUUGUUGAUUGAUUCAGUUAGAGGUUGUUGGUAAUCACGCUUGUAUUCGCCGGCCGGAUACCGGAAAUUUGGUUCCUCUAUUUCGUUAUCCGAAAGUUUCCGGGGGGUUUAAUAUUGGCGACAAAUCGGAAAAACUUUCCGGGGAAAUGGCGCAAGCAGUAGAGGAAUGGUACAAGCAGAUGCCAGUCAUUACUCGCUCCUACCUCACCGCCGCCGUAGUCACCACCAUCGGAUGUUCCUUGGAGAUAAUAUCUCCAUAUAACUUGUACCUGAACCCCAAGCUGGUGGUGAAGCAUUAUGAGUUCUGGCGCCUUAUCACCAACUUUCUGUACUUCCGGAAAAUGGAUUUGGACUUCCUGUUUCACAUGUUUUUUCUUGCUCGAUACUGCAAGCUUCUUGAGGAGAACUCUUUUAGGGGAAGGACAGCAGAUUUCUUGUACAUGCUUUUAUUUGGAGCCACUGUUUUAACUGGGAUUGUUCUUAUUGGGGGAAUGAUACCCUAUGUCUCUGAGUCAUUUGCAAGGAUUAUCUUUCUUAGCAAUUCACUAACAUUCAUGAUGGUAUAUGUUUGGAGCAAGCAAAAUCCUUUCAUCCACAUGAGUUUUUUGGGUCUCUUUACUUUCACUGCUGCUUAUCUUCCAUGGGUGCUUUUGGGCUUCUCUGUCCUUGUUGGCGCUAGUGCUUGGGUGGACCUUCUGGGGAUGAUUGCUGGUCACGCAUACUAUUUUCUCGAGGACGUUUAUCCACAAAUGACUGGUCGCCGACCCCUAAAGACUCCAGCAUUUAUCAGGUCAUUGUUUGCUGAAGAACCCGUAGUAAUGGCUCAGCCAGCUAAUGUGCGCUUUGCUCCUCCUCCUAUAGAAGAAGAUCAACAGAAUUGACAGAAGAUUGUUUUGAGAGUUGAUAUGUAGUUUUGUAAAUUUGACCUCGAUAUUUUGGUAGAAAAGAUCCAGUUUUCUUCUUCUCAUCAAUUGUAAGGAGGUAGAUACUAUGUCUGCUUCAUUCUUUUGCCAUAGAUCUUGGCUGUGAUGCCUUUGCAUUUCGCAAUUCUGGUUUGAGGAAGCAUGGUGUAUGUACUCAAACUGGAUAAUAUGCUGAUGUGGACCUUUAUUGUGGAUAUUGCUUUACAGAUUGGUAAAAUACCUUUUAUGGGA